UCCCCGUUGCUCAGCGUGCUCCCAUCUCCUCCUCCUCUCCUCAGGGCGAACCUGGUGGACCUGCAGAAGAAGCUGGAGGAGCUGGAGCUGGAUGAGCAGCAGAAGAAGCGCCUGGAAGCUUUCCUCACCCAGAAAGCCAAAGUGGGAGAGCUCAAGGACGAUGACUUCGAGAGGAUCUCCGAGCUGGGGGCUGGAAACGGCGGCGUGGUCACCAAAGUGCAGCACAAACCCUCAGGGCUCAUCAUGGCACGGAAGCUGAUUCACCUGGAAAUCAAACCUGCCAUCAGGAACCAGAUCAUCAGGGAGCUGCAGGUGCUGCACGAGUGUAACUCCCCCUACAUCGUGGGGUUCUACGGGGCCUUCUACAGCGACGGGGAGAUCUCCAUCUGCAUGGAGCACAUGGAUGGCGGCUCUUUGGAUCAAGUGUUGAAAGAAGCCAAAAGAAUUCCCGAGGAAAUCUUGGGCAAAGUCAGUAUAGCGGUUUUACGAGGCUUGGCGUAUCUGCGGGAGAAGCACCAGAUCAUGCACAGAGAUGUGAAGCCUUCCAACAUCCUGGUGAAUUCCCGAGGGGAGAUCAAGCUCUGUGAUUUCGGGGUCAGCGGGCAGCUCAUCGACUCCAUGGCCAACUCCUUUGUGGGAACUCGGUCCUACAUGUCUCCCGAGCGCUUGCAGGGCACUCACUACUCGGUGCAGUCGGACAUCUGGAGCAUGGGGCUGUCCCUGGUGGAGCUGUCGAUCGGAAGGUACCCAAUCCCCCCGCCAGACUCCAAGGAACUGGAAGCAAUAUUUGGCCGUCCUGUGGUGGACGGGGCGGAGGGAGAGUCCCACAGCGUCUCGCCGCGGGCCAGGCCCCCAGGACGCCCCGUCAGUGGCCACGGGAUGGACAGUCGGCCUGCCAUGGCCAUCUUUGAACUGCUGGAUUAUAUAGUUAAUGAGCCACCUCCCAAGCUGCCAAGUGGAGUUUUCACGCAAGAUUUCCAGGAGUUUGUAAAUAAAUGCUUAAUUAAGAACCCGGCGGAACGGGCAGAUCUGAAGAUGCUGAUGAGUCACACCUUCAUCAAGCGCUCCGAGGUGGAGGAGGUGGAUUUCGCGGGCUGGCUGUGCCGAACGCUGCGGCUGAACCAGCCCAGCACACCCACCCGCGCUGCCGUGUGAGCCCCGCUGGCACCGCAGCUGCCUCUGGCACCACCUCCUCUCCUUCCCUCCGCCACAGAACUGCCCUCCUUCCUCCUCCUCCUCCUCCUCCUUUCCCAGCCCUCCCUUCCCCGAUUCCCAGCAGCCAAAGCACCGACCCCUCGGAAGCGUCUUCAUCGUCCGACCCCCCCUCCCUCCCCGGCCCGAGCGGGGUUGGUUUCUUUUGAUGUGUGUGUUAAAGGGAGGGGGGGGUGUUUUCCAGGCCUCUGCUCCGGCUCUGGAGCUCCUGACACUUUGGGAAUUGUGGUGCUGCUUGUGUUGAUUUCUUUUUUUUUUUU